AUGAAUCUCCUUGAGGUGCUCAAGUCAGAGCCGUGGUAUGUGGGCCAAGCAGUGCACGUGGCCCAAGUGGGAUCGCGGACUGCAAAGUAUUCCAGCCCGAGUGUGGAAUUCCACCCUCUUUUGAAGGAGGUCCUUCUCUCACUCCUUCGAGGUGAUGCUGCAGGGCAAGAUGUUCUAAAGCUGUAUAGCCACCAGGCCCAGGCAAUAGAUGCCGUCCUGGUCCACAAGAAAGAUGUGGUGGUCAGCACUUCCACCGGAAGUGGCAAGUCCUUGGUCUACUUGGUUGCGAUAUUUGAGGCACUGUUGCAAGAGGAGCAUGACCAGAUGCGCUCAUUGAACAAUGUGGCACAGGGCCUCAUUCAGCGUGGCGUCGCGGCAGAAAGGCUGACGAUAGCUUGUCUUGAUGGAGACACGCCGGCUGCAGAAAGAAAUCGUGUGAGGAUGUGCGACUGGGCAUUCUAUUCCAAGACCGUUGAGUCCAAGGACAUGCUGCAUAGCCACGUUCUGCCCCAGCAUGUGGAGUACGGUCGCCUAUUGCAGAAUGCUCGCUACAUCGUGCUGGACGAGGUGCACAUCUACCGUGGAGCCUUUGGUGCGCAUGUCUGCAGCAUCCUCCGCAGGUUGCGACGUCUUGUCGACGAGGCUUUGCUACAGUUUGUUGCCUGCUCCGCCACCGUCGCAAAUCCAGGUGAGCAUGCGCAGCGCCUUUUCGGCCCUGACCGCGGUGAUGUCGCUGUUGUCACCCAUGACACCUCUCCCAGUGGUGGGCAUGCGGUGUACGUCCUUUGGAACCCGGCGUCCUUGGUCAAAGGCCUGUCUGUCGGGGGGUGUCGGCGCGUGAAACGCAGUGAGGAAGAGGUUCCGGCUGGUUAUCCUGGGCCCCUGGAAGUUGUUGAAGGCGACGGCGAGGAGCCCGCACAGGAGGUGGUGUUGGGCAGCUACAACCAGAGCCUUGCAUCGCCCAUCGUAGAAGUGAGCCUUGUGGAAAUCAUUCUCCAGGACGUCAAGGAUGCCCUGAAUGCUAGUGAAGUUCCGGAUCUGAGUUCCCGUGUCGUCUCCUACCGUGCUGGCAACUCUGUUGCAUCUACCCGCUAUCCCGCCCGUUUGCGCCGGCAGUUGGAGCGAGACAUUUUCUCUCGUCAGGUCCUAGGCGUCACCUGUACCAAUGCGCUUGAGCUCGGCAUAGACAUUGGCCGUUUGGACUGUACAAUCUCUUUGGGCUUCCCUGGCAGCGUGGCAUCCCUGCGCCAGCAGUUUGGCAGAGCUGGAAGGGCUGGGCAUCCUGGGAUCUCCUUCUUUGUUGGAUUUGAGGAUCCCGUGGACCAGCACUUCAUGCACCGACCACGUGAGCUUCUAGCUCGUCGCCCAGAAUCUGUGGCAGUGGUGCCGGGGAACAUUGCCGUGCUGCGAGCCCACUUGCCGUGCGUGGCCUUUGAGCGCAAGAUCAAGGCCGAGGAUGCAAGGUUCUGGCAUGAGGGUGGCGAGAACUCGGCCUGGCAAGCAGCGGUACGGAAGUGUCUGGCAGAAGGAAGCUUGGAGGAGGAACACGAGGAUGACGCCCUGGUCUUAGUGCCGGCUCGACGGUGGGCCACGCGACCGGGAGGACCACACCGAGCAGUGUCCAUCCGGGCUGUGGAGGACCAUUUCGAGGUGGUGGAAGAAGUGGCAACGCAGCAGGCACAAAGCCAUGACCACGGUGGCUUCUUGCAGGAGCAAAGUCGCGAUGCGCUGGCAAGUGGAGCUGUUGCUGCUUUUCGCAAGCUGGACGAGAUCGAUGUCUCCAAGGCCUUCUACUCGCUGCAUCCAGGAGCUGUCUAUCGCUAUCGGGGAUCUGAAUACUUUGUCACAAACCUGGACCUGAAGCGGAGACGGGCAACGGUGAAGAAGUGUGAUACACCCCUUGCGUACUACACUCGAGCCUUUGACCACACAGAGGUUCGCAUCCACACGCGCGAGAAGCACGCGACCUCUGGACCAGCAAAGGUGUUCUUAGGCAGGGUGGAGAUGGAGAGCCGCGUGAAGAGCUUCAAAAGAUUCUGGAAAUCACAGGAUGCGCAACAAGAACCUGAAGUGGAACUCAGUUUACCCAGUUGGGGCUACUGCACGCGCGGUCUUUGGUUUGAGGACCCAGUUGGUGUGGCCCGGCGGCCGGAAAUGUUUGCUUGGAAGAGAGAGGGCGCCGAUGGUUCGCAUCCAGCAGAGGGCGCAGAGCAGUGGACCUGGGGCUGCGGAUGGGCUGGGGCACACGGUGCAAUGCAUGCCUUGCUGCAUGUGUUCCCCCUUUUCGUCCUGGCGGAUCGACGUGACCUAGAUGCUGCCUGCAUGGACGAGCAUGAAGCACCACCCAUGGACCACCCUCGCCUUAUGAUCUUCGAUGCAAAGGACGAGGGCCUUGGCCUUUGUGACGCAGCCUUCCCCCACGCUUUCGCCAUGCUUCGCGAGGCUCGCCGCCUGGUCGAAGAUUGCCCCUGUCAGCACGGCUGUCCUGCCUGUAUCAUCGACCCACAUUGCCGCGAAUACAAUCGCUUCCUUUCCAAGCGUGGGGCCCUUGAGUGGCUGCAGGGACUUGAGUCUGGGAAUAUAGCGAUGGGUGGCAUGGACCUUCACGGCGGCCCUGCUGAUUGA